AUGACAAGGUUAAAAAAAUUACAUAUACUUUAUUUUACCUUUACAUUAUUUUUUAUUCAAAAAACUUAUCAGCUCAAAAAGAUAUAUCCAAAAAUCAAAAGUUUCAAUAAUGGGACAUGUUUAUAUAAAAAUAAAUAUAUUUCAAUACAAUAUGAAAUGCCCUCUAAUGUUAAUAUUAAAGGAACAUCAUUUUCAUGUGAUUAUGUAACAUAUCUUGACUAUUUUAAACUUCUUGAUGAAGAUACUUUUGUUGAUUUGUCAAAAGAACCAAUGCCAAAACCACAAGUUGUAACUGCUUUUUCAGAAAAUCAUCGAGAAGAAGCUGCUUUAUUACUUAAAUCAUUUAGAAAACAUUUUCCUGGAGAAAAAAUAAUUGUUUAUAGUUUAGGUGUUUCCAAAAGUACAGAAGAACAAUUACGUUCUUUAUGUUAUGUGGAAUUUAAAGUGUUUAAAACAAUAAAAUAUCCAAAGCAUGUUUCAAAUAUUAUGAAUUAUGCUUUUAAAAUUCUUAUUGUAGCAGAAACAUUGAAAAAAUAUGGAUCUAUGAUUUGGGCAGAUGCAAGUGUUAGAUUUAAAAAAACAAAUUUAAAUUAUGUUUACAAUUUGUUUAAUUGUAAAAUGGGAAAAAAUUUCAACCAUAAAGAAUAUGAACAAGCAAUUUUAGGUAAUGAACCAAGACAUAAACCAUUUUUAAAUAUAUAUAGAAAACUUAAAUGCCCAAAAUGCUUUUGGAAAUAUAGAUAUAGUGGUUUCGACAAAACAGUUCACAAAUUUAAUAUAAAACAUUGUCAUAAAUCAUCAUUUAUGUUUACAGUUCCAACUUUUCAUGGUAUUCUAUCAACGAUUCAUCCAACAACUCUAAAAUAUUUUCCAACAGACAAAAAAAGAUAUACUAAUAGAACAAUUUCUCGCGAGUAUGAUGCUGCAUUUUCUAUAAUUGUUAAAACAAAAGAUACUGUUGAUAAUGUUUUAAAAUGGGCAGUUUUAUGUGCACUUGAAAAAAAUUGUAUUGAAGCUGAAAAAUGGCAUGGUUGUUAUGGUUUCACAAAAAAAAAUAUUUUUUCAUCCAAAAAUGUAUGUUAUAGAUUUGAUCAAUCUAUAUUUUCUUUGUUACUUCAUAAUUCAAAUAAUUAUGAUAAUCGUAAUUAUGUAACAGAAAUUCAUAAUUUUAUGGAUAUUGAUAGAAACACUAAAUUAGAUUUAAGUUUAUUAAAAAAAAAAUGUGUGUGA